GACAUAUACAUAACCUUCAAAUAAAUUUAUUAAUAACAAACUAUUAAAUUGACAGUAUGUCCCAGUGAAAUCCCUAAAUGUCUACAAUACUGAGUCAACAGAUUUAACUCUUCAGUAGUCAACACCUAGACCGACGACUAUGACGAAAAAAGUGAACUCAUAUAGCGAAAACAGUGAACAGUCGGACAUUGAAGAAUUAUUUGUAAAGGAAGUGAAAACUUUCGCAAAACGUAUGUUGAAAACGUCACUUUUUGUUGGUACGUUUCAGGAGAAACGAUUUGUCCAACCACUUGGAGAUUAUAGGGAUGUCAUAAAAAUUAAUUCCAACGAAACUGACUUCAUUGAAAAUUUAAUAGCAGUGAAAAAGAAAGUCGAGUCCAUUACACCAAAGAGAUGGAUUGGUAUUACGAGUCCCAACAUGAUCGGAGCGCCAGCUGGAUAUUCUCUGUGGGUGGAUUUGCAGGAGAACAUUCUGGGUGAUUACUGGUUUAAAGUGAAAAGUGUCGAAUUGUUGAAUAAAGAAUUUCGACUGAAAUUGGAGAUUAUUAGGCCUUUUAAAGUGACAUCUAUUCAAACAGGUGAAAGUUCAAGCAGCAUUGAAGACUUUAAUGUCCAGGAGUAUUUUAGGAGUCUAUGGGAUAGUGUAAAGGUUCAUACCAAAUAUUUUGCUUAUCAUACAUGUACACUAAGUAAUAUAAAAGACACUGUUAUAUUUUUAUGCCUUUUAUCAGCUGCUAUUGUUACUGGUACUAUUCAUAUAGUGAAAUAUUUAAUGGAUUAUUUACUGAAAUUAAUCAAAGCACUCUCAGAUCUGAUAAAAGCUGUAACGCCAGUUUUGGUGGCCACUAUUAAGGUUGCAGGUAAUGUUACAAAUACAACUGUGAUGUCAAUAGCUAAUUUAGUGCAAGGAGGUGCAAAGAAUCAGCCAAAGCAAUUAUAUCAGCCUGUGUACCCUCGAUUACAUGCUCGAAACUAUCGUCAAAGAGCUUUACCUUACAAAUCAUCAGUGGUGAUUACUGAAAUUGUGGAUUAAAGAUAUAUAUAGAUUUAUAUAUAUAUAUAUAUGUUUAUAUAUUUAUUUUUAACAUAAAAACUAAGUUAUUAGUUCAGAUUAUGGUAAUGUGACAAAUUAUGGAGAUUUUUAUAUGGUAUUUUUGUAGUUGUAUUGUUUUUCAUCCUAUUUUAUUAUAUAUUGUAUUAUAAUAAAGUUGUCUAAACAA